AUGGAACCUAAUUCAGAUUUGGAGUUUGCGUUGAAACUUCAGAGGGAAGAAGAGAGCUUGGCAAAUGAUUCUCUUUUGGCCUCACAAUUACAGGAAGAAUAUGAUGAAGAGUUGAGACAUGAAAUGAGGAGUGUCAGAUCCAACAACAACAACAACAAUAAUAAUAACAACAACAAUAAUAACAAUAACAACAACAGUAAUAAUAAUGCCACUCGCGAAGGUGAGGGCCGACCGUACGCCCUCAGAUCGAACGUUGCAUCCAGAGGUGGUGCCAGGUUCCCGAGAAUGUUUCAGCACCCACCUCCACGAGAUGAGGAAGAGAGGGAGGAGGAGGAGGAGGAAGAGGAAGAGCAGAGUGGCAGGAGGAAUCUUCGAAUGUAUGAUAACAUCGAAAUAAUAGAGCUACAGGAUACGUCCUUCACUGGGGAUUACGACGCUCUCUGGGAGAUAUCGGAGGAGAUAGGUGAGGUGCUACCGCGGGGGAUGAAUCGAAACCAGAUCAAUUCCCUGCCCACGUCAAGGUUCACGGACCACAACUCCGGCGACCAUCGCGCAAGUACCCGUCAGAGGUCACGAGGUCAGCACAACCAGUCGAGUAACGAGAACAGAAAUUGUUUGAUCUGCCUGUCCGAUUACGAGCACGAUGAUGAGUUGAGGACGCUUCCCUGCCUCCACAGGUUUCAUAAGAACUGCAUUGAUCAGUGGAUUCAGAGCAAUGCUGUCUGCCCGAUAUGCAGAGUUCAAAUAGUUGAACAGCUGAUAAAUCAAGAAUAAUAUAUAUAUAUAUAUAUAUAUGUGUGUGUGUGUGUGUGUGUGUGUGUGUGUGUGUGUGUGUGUGUGUGUAACGUGUGUGUGUGUUGAGUGUGUAACGUGUGUUUUUGUUGUUUUUGCCCCUUCCGGUGUGUUUGUGUGUGUGUGUGAGAGAGAGUGAGAGUGCGCGUUUUUUCCAAUAAAUACUCAUAUAAUAUACAUCUCUGGGCGUGUGUAUGUGUUUACAUGUGCACGUCUGUGUGUGUUUACACGCAUAUACAAUCAAGAUCGACUUAAUUUAUUUUCACCAGUUUUUUGAUGCAAUACGUCGUUUCAAUCAUUUCCCUUAUACUGAAUUCGUCAUAAAUAUAUUUUUUUAUUAUCAUAUAUGCUUGUUUGUGUGUUUGCGUGUGUUUGUUUGUGUGUGUGUGUGUGUGUGUGUGUGUACGUGUGUGUGUGUGCACACCUUCACAAAAUUGAAUAAAAACUGAUUUCCGUUUGAGUUAAAUAAUUUUCAUUCUUGAUCUGCUUUGUCAGUUUCACCGCUAUUUAUUUUAUUCACUUAUUUAUUUUUUAA